UUCCAUGGAUCUACUCUCUAAUCUUCAUUCUUACUUCUUCUUCUUCUCUUUCCAUGCCUUCUUCUUCAUUGUGCCAUCCCCAUGAAAGCUCUGCUUUGCUCCACUUUAAAAACUCUUUCACCAUCUUCAAUCAUUCAUUAUCAUAUUUGGAAUAUUAUGGCAUAACCAAUCCUAAUAGUACAAUUUCAUGGGACAUAAGCAAGGAUUGCUACAGAUGGAGUGGAGUCACGUGCGAUGACAUCACAGGCCACGUGAUACAUCUUGACCUCAAAUGCAGUGGGCUUGAAGGCAUUCUUGACUCCAACAACACUCUUUUCUCUCUCUCUCAUCUCCAAUCUCUUAUUCUCUCUUGGAAUGAGUUUUAUCCUUCCACAAUUUCAUCUGAAUUUGGUAAGUUUUCAAAUAUUGUUCACCUUGACCUUUAUGGGUCUGGUUUCAGUGGCCAAGUCCCUCUCCAAUUGUCUUUAGAUAUUGUUCGAGACAACAGUUGGUGUCCAGACUCAGGGGCUACUCUACUGACUAUGCAGUUGAUCAACAAAUCCAUAUGGGUGGGAAUAAUAAUUGGAGAAGGUGCAAUCUCAGGAACAGGAACGUUGACUUUUCAGGAUCAUAUGGGGCAUCAUUUGGGCAUUUUAUUAAUCUCAAUUUCAGACUUUUCUCCAUUAUUUUUUGCUGGGAUGUUGGAGGCUGUUGUGGCUGCUCUCUUAAUAAAUAUUUACAUUGUUUGUUUAUAUCAACUGUAUGACAUUGACAUAGACAAGGUUAACAAGCCCUAUCUUCCGUUGGCCUCACCAGAAUAUUCAAUUCAAACUGGUGUCACCUCACGAUUGUUGCAUGCUUUGCUAUCCUGCUAUGGGAAGCAUCUUUCCAAAAGAAUUUUAUUAUUCUAUUAUGUUUUCAUAUUAAAUAGAAAUACUACUAAACUACAUUGACCCUUGAUCUCAAUUUAUAAAAUUCAUUGAUAGAAUGCAAUGUGAUAUAUUAUAGAAACUAACUUGUUCCAUGACCAAGAACUUGAGCAACCUACCAAAUUCCAAGUUUUCUGAAAUUUCACUUUGGAUAGAAGGCUCCUCAUUAUAGUCUGCACUUCCAAUUGUAGUUAAGAAAAGAUUUAAAUCAUAAAAGUGAGAUGGAUUGAGUUGAAAUUUGGAUAUUAAUUUAGGGAUAGGUAAACUUAAAUUUUAACAAUUAGUAUGAAAUGCACAAGUACCAUAUACCUCUUGGAUGACUAUAAUUGGGGAUGUGUGCAAAUGAUACUGCAAUGAGUACAUUGUUUCACAUUUUCUAGCAUUCUUACAGAAUACUUCAUCAAAAAUCAUCAAGAUUUUAUAACAAUGGGUCCAAUAAUAGACAAGGGAGGAUGAAAGUAGAUUUCUCACAAAACAAAACCAAUCAAAAUAGUAGUAGAAUCCAUGUAGCAUGUUCAUUAAGCAACUUAAGUUUACUAUUCUUUCAUUUUAUACAUCACAGAAAAUAGUUUUUCGAAUCGUCAAUAUUGCGAAAACCAGUAAUCGAUUGAACCAUAUGGCAUUGACCACAUGAUCAUUAGUAACCUUGGUGAUCAAACAGUCAUCAAUGGCACUAUUGUAGCUUUGUAAGUAUAGUUAU